UUCGUCUGCUAGUAGUCUGAAGUGAAGUUUCAAAAGAUUUCGUUACUGCUGAAUGGACAUUAAGUUAUUUAUUAUAUUUAUUAAUGCCUAAAAAGAAUGGAUAAAGUUAUUAGAAGGAUCCCACACGUUCUCACAAUAACAAACCAAAACUUUACCAGAAGAAUAGAAUGGCGCUCUUGGCUCUCUUCAAAAAGCAUACCGGCGAAUAAGUCGCUGUUAUUCAAACCUGAUGGCAAAGAUAAUUAUAUUUCAGAUAAAGACGAUCCAUUUACGUUACUUUUGAAUAAUUUAACGCAGAAAAAAAUUCAUGCUAAUAAUCGUGUCCCUAUUGCUUCUUUGGAUGAACCUUUAAAGUCAUGCACAACACAAUUGAUGGGAAAACAAUUUUCCCGGCACGAUUUCUACAACCAAUUUAUUGAGUGUAUUGAAAAGCAGGAUACUGACUUUAAAUCAGAAGAAUGCAAUAAUCUUAUUGAAAAUUUGUCAACAACUUUACAUCUCCUGAGUGAUGAACAACUCAUAAAAAUCAUUGAUUGCCUUAACAUCAUCCCAGGAAAUUCUAGUCUAACAUUAAAAUUGGAUGAAGAAUGCUGCAAGCGCUCAACAAAAUGGGACAAAAAUAUCUACUUUAAAGUUGCUUGGACAUUUCUUCAACUCAAAACUUUCAAUCGUCCAUUGCAUCUACAGAAGAAAAUUGUGUUAGAGUUUGCUCAAGAAGUUCAACAAAUGACUCCUCAAGAAUUGGUGAAGUAUUUGGUAAUUCUGAAACAAUUUCGAAAAUUUCCCAAAACAGUUAAUAAGAUACACAUAGAAAAUAGACUUUCCAAAGUGCUGGAUAGCCUUUCCAUCGAAGAUUUAGGCCUGGUUUGUUCAGCUUUCUUUGAGUGCAACGAAGCAAUAAAAAAUCUUGAACUGGUUGGACGACUGGUUGAACGGUUGCUUAUUGGUGCAAGCUCCACCGACGAUAAAACAGUAGGCUCCAUGCUGAAACUCUUUCGAAGGAGCAGCAGUGAUCCCGGACAUUAUGCCAAACAAGUGCUGGACAUUCAACCAAUGCUGUGCAAUCUAGUUCCUAAUUGGAAUCUUAAAGUUCUUAUACAGUUAGCAGCGGUUUGUAGCAGUUUGCUUUUUUAUCAUCCAGUUACCAUCGAGCUAGUUACACAAAAGUUUCUCAUUUGUAUGAAAGAAGCCCGACUUAAAGACUUGGAACGAUUAUCUAUGGUUAUUGCCAUGUCUACUUACCAUUCUCCCAGCAUUGACCUUUUCUGGGACGCGCUAGGAAAAGAGUUUGCCGGAAAGGAGAGACAAAAUGAAAUAUACCAGUAUCCACAUUCAUUUAUUUCUCUAACUAAUUACGCCGUUGUAGCAAAUCACUAUUCCGAGCAACUGUUGCGAAUUGCUUUAAGCCCCGAUUUUAUAAUCCAAUCAAAAAGCUAUGCAGAGAAGUUUUCAUAUCAGAGUACCAAACGUGAAUUGUUGAACAUAGACUGCUCCUUGGGGAUCGAGAGACCAGAAUAUUGCGGACCAAGAUUGUCUCCGAUUGAUGCAAAAGCAUUUGAGAAGCUAUACAGAAAACCCUUGCCGAAUAUGGACGACCAAAGCCUAUUAAACAGUCAUGAUGCUUUUCUCGUGUCGCUAUUGAAUACGGUGAAGGAUUUUCUUGGAGAAAACAGUUCUGCUUCGUUGGUUUAUCUGCAGCCACAUUUUACUACGCCAGAUAUUGUUUUUAGUCUGAAUGGCUAUAAGGUAAACAAAUCUUUUACCUUAUCGAAAGACAAUUGUGGAGUUCAGCGCUGUGUUCUGGUGGGUGGAUCUAGGAACAUGUUUUCAAGGUUCAGUGAUCAGCCGAUGGGUCCGCUGCGGAUGAAAGUUCGUCAACUUCAGUGCAUGGGAUGGAAUGUUAUUGUGAUCCCGUGGAAUGAAUUUUUUAAUGCAAGCAAACGAGAUCGACUAGGUAAAUUGGUACUAAUAAACAACAAAAUUCGAGAAACCAUGAGAAAAUUAAAAAAUGAUUGAAAAUAAAUGUAGUUAAAAAAAACGUCAAUUC